UCUAUCGUUUAUAGCUAUCCCGUGACAAUAAAUCCAACUCGAAAAAACAAACGGGAAAACUGCGGGGAAAAUUCCAGGGAAAAUGUCACCCAAAAAUAAUCAAGAUCCCUCGUCGUCCGGCGACUCUGGCAACACCAAUGUCCAGGAGGCAGACCUACAAGAGAUGGAGGACGUGAACAACAGUCUGGACGCUCUCAGCUGUGCCCUGGACGCCGUGGAGCAGCGCACAGACGAUAUUAUGUCCCAACUACGGGAGCUGUUGAACUCCAACCGACAGAUCCGUCGCCUGCUUGCCGAGGAAAAUGACAACGCUCCCGAAUCGGGAGACAACAUGGACGGGCAGGCGGGCAGCGAAGUCGCACCCAAGUAGAUCCCUCUACGAGCAGUGAUUGUUUUGUUCACCCAAAUCGUUUUUAGGCACAAUCAGUGCUGUUUCUUUCUGCUAUCAUGUAUUUUUGUUCUAAAUCCUAAGUAAACGUAAUUGAAGGCAAA